UCUUUUACUUGGUGAAAAGAAGAUAAACUAACGAUAAAAUUAUAAAACGGAGAUUAUUAACACAGUUAACAUGCCAGGAUAGCUUAUAUUUUUGUGAUUGUGUGCUGUGAAUGCUGUCUAACGAUAAUGAAAUAUUUUUGUGAAAAGAAACUGAUUAUCUCACUGUGCGUAGGUUGGUGUCCAGGCCAAUCUAUUAUUUUGUUUUUCAUACUAAUUGUGAAUUUUACUUCAGCAGUACCUAGUAUAAAUACAGUUAUAACAAAAUUGUUCCCACCAUAAAGUAAAAAACUGUGAAAGAAGAUGUGUCUGCCCAGAACGAAUGAGUGAGUGCGCGGGUGUAGUGUGAUCAUGGCGAUAGUAAUCAGUUCACGCUCGAAGGCGAUUCUGGGGGUUGUGUUCGUGGGGGUGGGACUGCUACUCACCUUGAUUGUAGGAAGUGCCGUGGGCUGGUUUGACGAGGAGUCUGGAGGGUCCGUCGGAGAGCUACCCUACAUGCCCUACAGGGAUUCGGCCAUCCGGAACCGCAUCGUCCAUACUAAACAGAGCGAUGACGAUCUCGGGUGGGAAGGCAGUGGAAGCCCAACUCCUCCACCAUUACCACCCCCACCUCCUGGUUAUAACGGAUUGAAAGGAGAAAAGGGCGAUAAAGGAGAACCUGGACCUCCAGGGGAAUCGAAGGUUGGUCCACCAGGACCCCCCGGACUACCCUACUCUGGAUCGGGAGACGAUAACUUGCUCCCUGUGGGUGGAGUACCCGGCCCUCCCGGUCCUCCUGGUGAGUGUUCCUGCAACAUCACUGAAUUGCUGAAGAGCUUUAAUAACCCUGAGCCAGUUCAGGGACCUCCGGGAGUUGACGGGAAAAUAGGGCCCACGGGAAUGCCGGGUCUUCCGGGACCUGUAGGAGAGAGAGGACCUCCAGGACCCCAGGGGGACAAAGGUGAACGAGGGGACGUAGGAGCUCGUGGACCAGAAGGUGUACAAGGCCCUAAAGGUGAACCGGGCCUGACAGGAAUACCAGGACCUGCAGGAAACCCAGGACCUCCGGGACCACCUGGACGCGCUGAAUUUUCUAACAUGGACCCUAGCUGGAAACCCCGUUCAAUGUUUAAGGAAGUGAUCACCGGGUCCGCUCUAGACGCUGGGAGACCCGGAAAUCCGGGUCCGAAAGGAGAGCGGGGAUUUGAUGGGCUACCGGGUAAAACAGGAGAGAGAGGACUUCCAGGAAACAAGGGUGAAAGAGGAGCAGCUGGAGCCAAGGGUAGCAAGGGGGACAAGGGUCAUCCAGGAUCUCCUGGUACAAGGGGAUUCAAGGGAGAGCCUGGAAAGAAUGGUAAAGAUGGAUUACCUGGUAUACCUGGAGAAAAUGGUAGACCAGCUAACAAAGGCGAAAAAGGUGAUGCAGGUGUACCUGGUCCUCCUGGUCCCCCAGGGGUUUUACAAAGAAAUGACGUCGAAGCGUCUUCAAAGCCAUCGGGGGCUGGAAGCAAAGGAGAGUCUGGCAGCAAGGGAAAUAAAGGCGACAAAGGAGCGAAAGGCGACAAAGGAGACAUGGGACCCAGUGGUUUGUCAGGAACUCCUGGCGUUCCUGGAGGCCAGGGUCCAGUUGGAGAAAAAGGAGAGGUUGGAGAGGAAGGCCGUGCCGGACCGAUUGGACCGCCGGGGCUUAAGGGAGAGCAGGGUGAGAGAGGGCCGCCAGGACCCUCAACUGGCGGUUUAAACUCCUUAAAAGGGGAUAAGGGAGAUUCUGGAAAGCGAGGCCGUCGGGGUAGACCAGGCCCUCCAGGAUUGAUGGGACCUCCGGGUAAGCCAGGACCCAAAGGAGACAUUGGCCUCCCAGGCUUUACGACCUGCGAGGGUCUACCUGGACGGCCAGGAAGACCAGGAGAGCCUGCAGCUACUUGCAAAGGAGAGAAAGGGGAGCCUGGACAGGUUAUUGAUCCCUUCGGAAACGCGCUGACUCUAAAAGGAGAGAAAGGGGAACCUGGACGAGAUGGUGCCCCAGGAACACCAGGUCCACCCGGUCUGUCCAUGAGCCCUGGGUCCCAGUAUGUCCCUGUUCCAGGGCCUCCUGGACCUCCAGGACCUCCGGGAGUGCCAGGUAUUUCAGUUCAAGGAGAAAAGGGAGAGCCGGGACAGCCUGGGCACAGUUUUGACCACGGUGGUGCAGGAGCAAAACCAGGAUUGCCUGGCACGAUAGCAGGGACUGUCACGUUCCGUAAUUUCCACGAGAUGGCACAGAAAGCUCAAGUGAGUCCUGUUGGCACUUUGGCAUACAUCCUGGAGGAAGAAGCUCUCCUAAUCCGCGUGUCAGGAGGGUGGCAGUAUGUUGCGAUGGGCCAGUUAGUUCCUGUGGGUGCAGAUAUCCCACCACCAACACGACCACCACCAACAACAACAACGGAAAAACCUCGUCCUCCCUUUGAGUCGUCAAACCUUGUCAACAACGUUCCAACUCUUCUAGAUGGUCCUGUGGGACAAUCUCGCAUGCUGCGCAUGGCUGCGCUCAACGAACCGUACUCGGGGGACAUGGACGGCCAGCGAGGCGCUGACUUCUCGUGCUACCGUCAGGCAAGACGUGCCGGCCUCCGGGGAACUUACCGAGCAUUCCUCUCUUCCCGUAUUCAAAACCUGGACUCCAUAGUACGCUACACGGACUGGGACCUUCCAGUCGUCAACAUAAAGGGUGACGUUCUCUUCAACUCUUGGAAGAGUAUUUUCACCGGAGAUGGCGGAUACUUUUCACAACCACCAAGACUAUAUUCAUUUAGUGGUAAAAACAUUCUGACAGACCCGACAUGGCCCAGGAAAUACGUGUGGCACGGGUCUCUGACGUCAGGUGAGCGAGCGGUGGAACUGUACUGCGACGCCUGGGAUUCAGACAGCCCUGACAAGUUGGGCCUAGCGUCCGCUCUCCUGCCCUCCCUCACGCUGUUGGGCCAAGAGCGAUUCUCCUGCAACAACUCCUUCGUGGUACUCUGCAUCGAGGUGACGAGCCGCUCAGGGAGACGGCGCCGAGGUGUCGACAGCCAGGAACUCACCGAACACGAUUACCAUAGACUGUUGGACGAGCUUAUGAUAGAGAACGACUGAUAGCAGUAACUGGUGCAGGCGCGAGUGACAGAUUGUCAAUAGUUAGGUGGACUUGUAUAAUAACUUAAUUUGGACUUAAAUAAAUUCUUUACUUUAGUGUUUUGGAAUUAAUGUGAUUUAAAGACGAGCACCACCUGUGUUUACUCCAGGCUCUCGUCUAUUUAUUUCCUUUUAGGAUUUUUUAAGAGUUUAGAUUAUUAGAACUCAGAUUUGUAAGAACUUAUUGAAGCGGUGGGUUUUGCAAACCCAUUCACACUGUGGUUGUUAUUACGAUUUUUCGUUACAAUGUAUAGUAAAUUCCAGUUUCAUAUGACAUGGGUUUACUUAAAAACAGCUUUAAAUUAGGAAAAGUUUUGAAGUAAUUUUCUAACAACGUACGUAUCUAUAUUAUUUAAUAAAUAACGAUAAGUUAUCCCCUAACUACAUAUCCAAAAACAUAUCUUUUGAUUGUUUUAUUUUUAUUUUAUACUAUUUAAACAACAAUAAUACAAAAUAUAUGUUUACGUAUUACGUCUGGAUAAAAUAAUUUGGAACUGUCUGAAGUAAAACAAAUUAAAUUAUAGUGUUUUAUAAUCAGUCGGAAGGUGGAAUUAAAUGAAAAUGUCAUUAUAUAUAAACAGUUAUCAUUCUUAUGAUUUCCCAUAUCCGAAUUUCUCAAAUAUGUCGAUUAUUUACGAUUUCAGUAAAUGUGUUUCAGUAAAUGACUGCCAGAAAAAUAACAAAAAAAACCAAUAUUAAUGUAAAAAUUGUAUUUAAUUUGCUACCUGCAUUAUAUAAGUAUAUUAUUUGUAUACUAUCACGAGCAGUACGUAAUGCUGUAACAAAAGUAAACAAGUAUUGACAAGAAUGGGAAAAUGACGAAAUGUGACGUAACAUAAAUUGCGUAAACCGGUAGAAAUGUAUCUAAGUAUGUUUUGCAGAAUAAUAGAUGUAACAAUAGUUUCUGUUAUCCGAACGUUUUUGGUGUGGUAACUUAAACCAUUGAGUUUAUGGAUGUAACCUUAAUCAUGAUUUUACUAAUAUCCAAUGAGUAACCCAUGAGUGGCAAUAGUAUUAAGCACGUGACUGUUGGUCGUUUAUCAUAUGUGAUUCAAGGCAAAAUAUCAGAACAGUAUCAUAUGAUAACACGUUAUUCCUACUUAAAAGCAAUUAAAUAUUAAACUUUAUUUACGUACAUAGCAAUGAUUCUGACGAUUUACUGCCGUAACCCAGCAGUAUUCCGAAUGUCAAGGGAUUUAGUUAGUAUUAUUGCAAAAUAUGUAUAACAAUAUUGGGAGCAUGCAGAGAUAAAACAAUGCUUUUUAAACAUCAAGGAAUAAGGACGAUGGAUAAUUAUAUCCUGUUUGAAGUUUGAAGAGUUGUUCUGAAUUUAUAAGUUUUGCAUUAGAGAAACAUCAAUACCAAUACUUUAUAUAUUUGUUUUUAUUUGAUGUUUAUUAUUAUUAGACAUUGUUAUAUAACAUAUCUGUGUAUAUGACAUAGAUGUUUAAUAUGUUAUUACUUUAUUUAUCAUAUGCUACUCUAUUUUUAUACUGUUUCAUUUGGCCACUGCGAAAGAGUACGUCUCGGCCUAUGUGUAAGUACCUAUAUAAAUGUAAAGUUUAACAGAAUAACGAAUUUUAAUAUUUCGUCUUGGCUAUUCUUCAUUGUACUUGAUUUUAAUGUACAGUAUUCGUUAAUUGUAAAAUUUUAGUGCCAUAGGUGUUAUAAUGAAUGAAAUAAUGUUGACCAGCUAUAUAGUUUAUGUGGAUCUAUAUAAAUAAUAUGGGAACAAUAAAAAGCAUAACUUAUGUUUUCAUGUUUUGUAACCAAAUACUUUUAUUGUUCUCAUAAAGUCAACAUUGUUAAGUGUUACUUUACCAAAUAGGGUUACUGUAUUGUAAAUAUCAAACGUAGCUUUAAUUUACCAAUGAUGUACUGUUUGUAAAUGUUUUACUAAUAAAUUUAGUGUUUUGUAAAUA